GAAAUUGAGGACAUGUUGGAAGUCGCUGACCUUGAAGAAGCCUUGACCGAGGCUUUCUGCGCACUCGAUAGACUCCCCAGACUUGAAUGCGUCACCGCGAAUUUUUGGCCAACAUUCAUCUCCCAGUCUGGGAAGGAAAUCCGCGAGAGCCCAUUCUGGUUUACGAGUCGGCAGCUCACCGUUAUUCAUUCCAUAUAUCACGCUAUGAAAACAUCCCGCAUGACAUCCCUCUCUCUCAACAAUGUAGUCAUGAUGCCUGUUUCAUGCUAUGACUUCGUCUCUACCCUCACAAACUCGCCCUUGUCCCAUCUUUCGCUCUCUGUCGUGCCAAACGCCGAUAUCAGUGCCUGGUCGGGAUCCAAGGAAAUUAACGGAUCACUUGGCGCACUCCUGCCCCUUUCCAAUCCCACACUCAAGUCGCUCGAGCUACGUAGCCCCCAGGGCCCCUACCACAGCCUGGAAACCAAGCUUUCAUCAUUCCAUUAUCCAUCACUCGAAUCGCUCGUGCUCGAAAAUACCAUCUUUGAUCAGAUGCCCUCUCCUGAUGGCGUCGAAGAGUUUGUCAUCCGCCAAAAGAGUCGCUUGCAUCAUCUGGAGCUGCAAUCAUGCGCAAGCUAUGUAGCAAAUCCGUCAGUCGAUGCCAGGCUGUGGUCAAGCAUCUGGCAACGAUGGGCAGCUGAGCUCACCAGUUUGAGAGAGCUUGUGGUGGACGGCGACAGUGGAUAUGUCGUACUCGAUGCUGAGUGGGGCUACGUCACUUAUAAGCCGAUCAGCACCACAGUGGCUGAGGGCGACUCGUCGAGCUUGCGGAUGUUCCAGGAUGCCAUAGUGUCCGCUUGUCAGGUUGUGGCAUGAACGUGUAGUUGUAUCAUUUACUUGGUCGAACGGUUUGGGUGGUUUCGGACACAUUGUAUAGCAUUUGCAUAGGGCCCUAUCAGGGGCAUUUGAUACCGCGGAGGCAAUUUACAUCAUUGCGCCAGUGAAAAUGUACAUUUGAAGUUUGUUGUUUGUAGUCUGAGCAUCUUUCCCGAGGUCACGGCUCCAUAUCCUCGACUCCCACAGGGCCUCUGUUUCAUCAAAAACGUGGACUCAUCUCCGUUGUAACUUUGUCAAAAAUAUGUAACCUUUCUUUCCUCUUCUGACAAACGAGUUCACGCUCGUGAUAGGCUGCCACGAGCCCGUGCCUUCGGUACUAGUAGGCGGAGCGCAUCACGCUUGGCUAAGUGAUGCCAGGUGAGAGGUUGUACUGCACUUGUCAAAAGACUUGCAUUGCUUUUUCACGACAUCAUUGAAGAGGC